UCAGGCCUGGAGCCGGACCACGAGUACAAGAUUAACCUGUUUGGUCUCUACAAUGGCCAGCGAGUGGGCCCCGUCUUUACUGUGGGUGUGACCGCUCCAGAGGAAGAGGCCCCCACAGAGCCCCCCGAGGAGCCCCUCCUGGGGGAGCUGACAGUGACAGGAUCCACCACUGACUCGCUGAGCCUCUCCUGGACCGUCCCCCAGGGCCACUUUGACUCCUUCACCGUGCAGUACAAGGACAGGGACGGGCGGCCCCAACUGGUGCGCGUCGGGGGUGAGGAGCGUGAGGUGACCGUGCAGGGCCUGGAGCCCGGGCGCAAGUACAAGAUGAACCUGUAUGGCUUCCAUGAGGGGCAGCGUGUGGGCCCCAAGUCUACUGUGGGAAAGACAGCUCUGGAGGAAGAGGCCCCCAAGGAGCCCCUCCUGGGGGAGCUGACAGUGACAGGAUCCACCACUGACUCGCUGAGCCUCUCCUGGACCGUCCCCCAGGGCCACUUUGACUCCUUCACCGUGCAGUACAAGGACAGGGACGGGCGGCCCCAGCUGGUGCGUGUCGGGGGUGAGGAGCGUGAGGUGACCGUGCAGGGCCUGGAGCCCGGGCGCAAGUACAAGAUGAACCUGUACGGCUUCCAUGAAGGGCAGCGUGUGGGCCCCAAGUCCACUGUGGGCAGGACAG